GAGCAUCACUGUGGUGAAAGUGGUGAAAAGUACAUCCCACCUCGGUUGAGGGGCGAGGAGACAAUGGAUGCCCACAAGAAAGAAGAACUACAAAGGCUCAAGAAACACGUUAAAGGCCUAAUUAACAGGCUGAGCGAGCCAAACAUGGCAUCUAUAAGUGGGCAGCUGGAGGAGCUGUACAUGGCCCACAGCAGGAAGCACAUGAACGACACCCUGACCGAUGCCCUCAUGGAUGCCUGUGUCACUGCCUCAGCCAUGCCCAGCAGACUGAUGAUGGAGCAUGUCCUUUUAGUCAGCAUCCUUCACCACACAGUUGGAAUAGAGGUCGGUGCUUGCUUCCUGGAGGCUGUGGUGAAGAAGUUUGAUGAUGUCUAUAAAGAUGGAGGUGAGGGGAAAGAGCUGGACAACCUGUUUACCAUGAUUGCCCACUUGUACAACUUCCACGUGGUACAGUCUCUCCUCAUCUUUGACAUUUUGAAGAAGCUUGUUGGAACUUUUACGGAAAAAGACAUUGAGCUGAUCCUGCUGAUGCUGAAAAAUGUGGGCUUUGCAUUGAGAAAAGAUGACGCCCUGUCACUUAAGCAGCUGAUCACAGAUGCCCAGGCCAAAGCCAGUGGGGCAGGCAGCAAGUUUCAGGACCAGAACAGGGUGCGGUUCAUGUUGGAGACAAUGCUGGCUCUGAAGAACAAUGACAUGCGUAAAAUCCCUGGCUAUGAUCCUGAGCCUGUGGAGAAACUAAGGAAGUUACAGAGAGCACUGGUGCGCAAUGCUGGCUCUGGUUCUGAGACUCAGCUCCGAAUCUCCUGGGAUGGCAUCUUAAAUGCGGAGCAGACUGGGCGCUGGUGGAUUGUGGGGUCUGCGUGGAGUGGGACCCCAAUGAUUGACAACAGUCAUCAAACACAACUACAGAAGCCACUUGCAGGAACGGUCAGCUCCAAGAUGCUGGAACUUGCGAAGAAGCAGAGAAUGAACACUGAUGUCAGGAGGAACAUCUUCUGCACUAUAAUGACAAGUGAGGACUUCUUGGAUGCUUUUGAGAAGCUGCUGAAGCUUGGGCUGAAAGACCAGCAGGAGAGAGAGAUUGUUCACAUCCUCAUGGAUUGCUGCCUGCAGGAAAAAACCUAUAAUCCUUUCUACGCUUUCCUGGCUAGCAAGUUCUGCAGCUAUGAAAGGAGAUUCCAGAUGACUUUCCAGUUCGGCAUAUGGGACAAAUUUCGGGACCUAGAAAAUUUGACAGCCACUAAGUUCUCAAAUCUGGCUCAUCUGGUAGCACACUUGUUGAAGACAAAGUCACUUCCACUUUCUAUCCUAAAGGUGGUUGAAUUCAGUGAAUUAGAUAAACCCAGAGUCCACUUCCUACGGAGAGUGUUGACUGAGCUGUUGAUGGAAACAGAAGAAGAAGACCUAGGUUUAAUUUUCUCAAGAGUGUCUGAAAACCCAAAGCUGGGAAUGUUGCAAGAAGGCCUGAAGCUCUUCAUUAGCCACUUCUUACUGAAGCACACACAGACUCUCCAAAGUGCUGAGGAAGCCAGUCUGCUGAGAGAGAGGGCAGGCCUUGCAUCCAAGUCUUUACAGGGCAAAGCCAUCCUGAGAAUGUAGCCAAAUGAUAAGGGAACAUUUGACCAAGAGAUGUCAUUUGUGAAUUCAAAGGCCUGUCCUGCCUCUGUAAGAGCAGGAGGAAUUAUGCCAUGUUCUGUCAUGGUUUAAAUACUAUACUUUCAGAUUUUUUUUUUUUUUUUGAACUUAGGGUUGUACUGUGUAUUUCAAAUAUGUAUGUAUGUAUGUAUGUAUAUAGCAGAUCAAAAGGAAAGGGGAGAGAAGAUGGGGCAUUAAGCCAUGAGAAGAGGGGCAAGAUCAUAAAUUGAUGGCUUUUUUUUUUUUUUUUUUUUAUCUUCUGAAAUACUGGUUAAAAGUUCAGAAGCUGGGCCAAGCUUGGUGGUGUAUGCCUCUAAUCUCAGCACUCAGGAAGCAUAGGCAGGCAAAUCUGUGAGUUCAAGGCCAGCCUGGCCUACAUAGUUCCAGGACAGCUAGAGCAAAUCGUGAGACUCUGUUAAAAAAAAGUUCAAAAUCUAAAUUACUAACUAUGGUGCUUAGGAUCUGAUAUCUCCCAUUCAUCAAUCGCACCUUGGGGACUAUUUGAUAGGACAGCUUCAGGUAGAUAUUGGGUACUUGGUGAGAAAAGAGAGACAUAUGAACAUAUGUGACUGUAAGUGAUUGUGGUGGGUGGGAAUUAGCAUGGGCUCUCUGAGGUACAACAGUCGGAGGAAGAAGGAAUGGCCUUGGAUGAAUGAAUACUCUUUAUUCUACAGCCUUAAAGUUUGCUUCUCUUUCAAAUGCUGUAGACUUGACUAACCCCAGCCUUCACUUGUUGAGAAACAACUAAAUAGAAGUAGAAAUCAGAGCCCUUCCCUCUGCCCAGCAGUGUCCCGUGUAGAGUACACAUUCCAGGAAGGUGAAAACAAACCAGGGAUGCCGCUCCCUGGUUUUUAUGCGGGUCACCUCUUCUGUUUGAAUUUUGAACAGUGUGUCCUGUAACUGUGCUUGAGGUGACCAUGUGUAGUCCGUAGGUCUCCAUGCAGGUCCCUGAGGAUUGAGCCCUGAGGAGCCAGCAGUGUCUGCUGCUGUCCUUGUUGCUAUGAUAAACACCUUGCAAGAGUAGCAGAAAGAGGCUUACCUGGGGCUCAUACUAUGUAGGCACAGUCUGUCGUGGUGGAGUGUCGUGCAGCAAGAACUCAAGCAGCUGGUCACAUUGCAUCUUAGGAAACAGAGAUGGACACAGGUGCUCAGCUCACUUUCUCCUUUUUAUUAAGUCCAAGACCCCAGCCCAUGGGAAGGUGCCACUCAUGUUCAAGAUAGGUGACCACCUCAAUUAGCCCAAUCAGGAAACUCCCUUAUAGCCAUUUCCAGAGGUCUGCCCACAGGUGACUCUAGAUCCUAUCAAAUUGAUAGAAUAUAUAGAUUUAAGGCUGAGAGUAAAGCUCCGUAGCAGAACACUUGCUUGAACCCUGGGCUGGCUCCUCAACUUCACACAGAAAAGAAAAGUGUAUUUUCUUAACUUUUUAUAAAUUUUAUUUAUGUGUUAGUGUGUGGACACGUUUGUGUCUUUGGAGGCCAAAAAAGGAAUCCCUGGAGCUGGAGUCCCAGGUAGUUGUGAGCUGCUAGUGUGGGUGCUGGAAACCAACCUUAGGUCCUCUUAGAAUAGUAGACACUAACCACUAAGCCAUAUCUACAGCCCCAAAUGUACCCUUUUGUUAUUGUUAUUGUUGUUUGUUUUUUGAGACAGAGUAUCUCCAUGAAACCCUAACUGUCCUGGGACUCAAUAUGUAGAUAAGCCUAGCCUCUAACUCACAGAGGUCCACCUGCCAUACCUUUCCCUGCCCUAAGUGAUGGGACUAAAGGUGUGUACCACCACGCUAGGCCCCCAAAUACGUACUUUUAAAAAUGUAUUAUACCUACAAUUGAAAAGUACUGCAAGGUGCUGAGAUACCAGUUCUCUCUCUCUCUCUCUCUCUCUCUCUCUCCUCUCUCUCUCUCUCUCUCUGUGUGUGUGUGUGUGUGUGUGUUUAAA